UGAAUUGCCAUUUAUGCAGAUGAUACUUCACGUGUGAAAGUGGGCUAAACACUGAUGGGAUGUGUGCGCGGUCUAUUCAAUUGAAGUGCCUUCAUUGCCUAGGCAUCCUGGUGAUAGUGGUUGCGUUCGUCGCAGCUCAAACCAGUUUUCGUAGUCCGCCUGUUUUGACAACGGACGGCAUGUGGCUUAACUUUUUCGAUGUUCCGCUCAGGAAUGGAAUUUACACGGUCGUGGCACCGAAAGCAUUGCGUCCAAACACGGAUUACCAUGUAGCUGUGAGUAUCCACGAUUCGCCCGACCCAGUAUUUGUUACUGUGGAAAUCGAUGGCAUUCAAGACUCUGGCGGAAGAAUUCAUAGUCAGAAACAGCAGCAGAUCGAUUCGAGCGAUACGCGAAUUCUCCAAUUCCCCAUGGGAGACUUGGGCCAGGGUUCUUACAACAUCAGUGUCUCCGGAACAGGCGGGGUUCGCUUCUCCAACACAACCACGUUGGAGUACGUUCGCAAAAGUUUGUCGGUUUUCAUCCAGACGGACAAGGCUAUUUAUAAACCAGGGCAGAAAGUCAUGUUCCGGGCGAUCGUUGUUGACCGCAAGCUUCGACCCAGUGCCACUACUCGCAUCGACGUUUUCGUCUCUGAGUUCAGCAAGACGUUCAAGGUGGCCGAGUACAUCCUGCCCAAAUUCGAGGUUGACAUCGACCUGCCGCCCUUUGCCACGUUCCGGAAUUCGGAGGUCACCGCUGUGAUAACCGCGAGGUAUACAUACGGUAAACCAGUGAAAGGCGAAGCGACUGUUUCAGUUUCGCCUUUGUACAAAUCGCCGUACCUACAACCGUUCUAUGAUGAACCAUUGCACAAAGUUGCAUCGAUUGACGGGAGAACAACUGUCAAAUUCAACUUGGCCGAAGAAUUGAAGUAUACAUACGGUAAACCAGUGAAAGGCGAAGCGACUGUUUCAGUUUCGCCUUUGUACAAAUCGCCGUACCUACAACCGUUCUAUGAUGAACCAUUGCACAAAGUUGCAUCGAUUGACGGGAGAACAACUGUCAAAUUCAACUUGGCCGAAGAAUUGAAGCUGACGGACGACUUCCAGCGAGAGAUUCUGUUUGACGUUACAGUGGAAGAGGCGCUGACUGGGCGUCGGCAAAACACCAGCGGGACU